UGACUGGACCGAGAAAGGAUCUUUGUCUUGAGCGACACACUUGUGAUCCUUUUAAAAUGUAUUCAUCGCUGUCCUGGCAGAUCGAGUGUUCAGUAUGUUUGAGUGAUCUCACCGAUCCAGUGACGCUAUCCUGCGAGCACUCUUUUUGUCGCCAAUGCAUCACCGGAUACAUGAACAGCAGCCUUUGUGCAAACCUCUGCCCUGAGUGUCGCAGACCUUACACUGAGAGUGAUCUGCGCUCCAGCCGACUUCUGAGAAACAUGGUGGGUGUCGUGAGACAACAUCUUACAGCACAAGAGCAGAUGGAAUCCUCACCCACACAAGCGCCGCAAGCCCUGAGUGAAACCCUGUUUUGCACCGAACACGACGAGAAGCUGAAGCUCUUCUGUGAAACAGACCAGAAACUUCUGUGUGUCAUGUGCCGGGAUGGAGACAAACACAGAGGUCACCAUUUUAAACCUCUAAAAGAGGCUGCUCAGAUCAUCAAGGGGAUAGUAAAGGGUGCUGUUGGAUUCCUCGUCAAGGAGAACGAACAGCUUGACGUUAUGACCCAGAAACAUACAACUGAGAUCUCUAAGACCCAGAUGAGGUCCAAAGAGCUAUCAGCUCAGAUAUCUGCUCAGUUUGAGGAGAUGCACCGGUUCCUAAAGAAGAAAGAGGAGGAAAUAAAAAAGCAGUUGGAGGCUCAAGAGCAGGAUGCCAUCAAAAUCCUGUGCAAAAACACAUCCGUCAUCAAUGAAAGUCUGAUGGAGGGAAAAGAAUUAGAGUGUAAUUUUCAGUCUGCUUUGGAAAUGAAUCAGCCUGACUUAUUUUUACAGUGGUGGAACGAAAAAGGAUUUCCGAUUACAGAAGGAAUGAAAAUAAAGAACAACGUGACGCCAGAUACCAAGUACGAGUCACGGGUAAAAGGUCUUGGUGUGAUACCACACUCCUUUUUUCUCGGCCCUUACGAGACUCAUCUGCAGUUCUUUGUAUGGAAAGCCAUGUUGGGAACUGUCAAGCCAGUUCCAGAGCUCUUAAGCAUAAAGGAUCCUGGAGACUCGUACCUGAAAGUAUCACCAGGAAGAACAAGCGUACGCCAGGCAGACAGACAAUCCUAUUUGUACAAGGACUACAAUCCAGGUGUCAUCUCUGAAGAGAGCUUCCAGUCUGGCAAGCACUACUGGGAGAUAGACGUUGGGGACAAGUUAGACUGGAGUAUAGGGGUUAAGACAGAGGUGGGGAAAAAAUCCAAAAAUUCAGUAAAAUCAAAAGAUCCUAAAGAUGUAUAUUUCGAGCUUAUAAAUGGCAAAGGAUAUAACCUCAGCACGAAUGAUGAACAGAUUCCCAUUGAGGUCAAGAGAAAGCCCAGUAAAAUAGGGGUCUAUCUGGACUGUGAUAGAAAGGAGAUCCACUUCUACGAUGCAGACUUCAUGACUGAGAUUUUCAUAACCAGCUACAAUUCUGACCUGCCCAUCUCUAUUAGCCUUUUCCCAGGAGUUUACCUGGAGGAAACAAACAUAGACCCAGUCACGGUAUGUUCGUAUGGAUUAAAAUCCGCUCAGUGUCCAUGAUACCAGCCUAGACUUUUUAAACCUCAAACAUUUAAGAUGUCUUUGAGAGCCACAUCUUGAAUGACCUAAUGAGGUAAAUAUUCUCAGGUUUUAGGCAAGGCUGAUGUAUGAUUCAUCAUAUUGACAAAAGAGGACAAAAGGGGACAUACAGAAAUCUAAGGACAAUGAUGACACCUGCAUGUAUUGAAAUGCAAAAUAAUUCUCUUUUCCUUGAGAAGCUUAUUAGCAAGCUGGGGAAUAUUAAUGAGAUUUGGAGGGCUGCCUCAUAUUAAUGACUACUGGGACACACACACACACACACACACACACAUAUACACACACACACGCGCGCGCGUGCGCGCACCCACACA